CAGAAGACGUCACCCUGAAACAGUUUGCCUAUCGGUUUGGGAGCGACAGCGUUGUAGGCAAAAACCGUGACACUGGUGGUUGAGAUGAAGCUGCAGCAUAUCUGAUGGACGCUGCUGCAGCGUUUGCCUUCCGUCACAAAACCAUGCAAAACCGCAAUUUCUGUGGUUAGCAGUGGACAUCGCCCUGAAAGACAGAGAUUAAAAACGGAAUUAGUCAGGAGCGACUGCAUUCAUCCAUACCAUCGAAUGUAUUUAUCUAAUCGCGGCCCUGUUGUACUAGUUCAAAGCCUGGGGCUGGAUUUAGAACGUCGCAGGACUAUGAAGGUGCUAUGAGGGGAGGGGGAGGGGGAGAGGGAGAGAGGACAACAGACUCUCUCUGCCAAAGGCCAGAUUCUGAUAUCAUUUAGUUGGUACAACCACAGAAGACAAGUACGUAAGACACACACACACACACACACACACAUUAAUAACUAUGUAAUUGUUAUUGAGUAACAGUAUACAAUUAUAAGUGUUGAUCCCUGUCUUUUGCAGUAACGCGUCAGAUACUAAAGUGAUGCCUGUGUACAUUGAGCUAUAGUGCUACAACUUCACACAGAUGCCCCUUUCUUAAUGCCCGGAGAUGGCCCUUUCUUAAUGCCUGGAGCCCCCUAGCCUCCCCCCUACCCGUCUCCCCGCCAUCUCUCCUUCAUAUCUCAUUACUCCAUCUCUACCAUCUUCUUUACUGAGCUAAUUGUCAGUCACUUCCACUGUCAAUUCUUUAUUUUUUCUUUCUUUUCUCUGUUAGUCUCCUUUCAUUUCCCUUUGUCACACUCUCCUUCCCGCACCCUACAACAUGGCCAUGGCAUGUUGUGGUCGUUCACUGGACUCCCCCUGUACCCUGGCCCUGCUGGUAGGCUUCCAGUUUGCCUUUGUCCUCUACUUCUCCCUCGGGGGAUUCAGGGGGCUGGUGUCUGUACUGGUCCACUCUGUAGAGCCUGAGUUUGACUACUCCCGCCCCCAUGAUGUGUACACCAACCUCAGCCACCUGGUGGCACCUCAACUGCCCCAGACAGGCACUGGACCUCCUGGAACACAAGCUCAGCUGAAGGAUUGCCAGGUGCCCUCGCCAUUACUAGUGGGUCCUGUGUCUGUGCGUUUGUCCUCGCCUCUCUCUCUGGAAGAGAUCAGGGAUUGGAACCCACUGGUGUUACCAGGUGGCCGGUAUCGGCCACCGGACUGCGAGCCGCGCCACCACACAGCCAUUGUGGUGCCGUAUCGUAACCGGCAAACACACCUCCGAGCCCUCCUCUACCACCUUCACCCCUUCCUGCAGAGACAACAGAUUCACUACAGCAUCUAUAUAGUCCACCAGUGGGGUAACUCUACAUUCAACCGUGCUAAGCUGUUGAAUGUCGGUGUCCGUGAAGCGCUGAGAGACGAGGACUGGGGAUGUAUCUUCCUACAUGACGUAGAUCUUCUUCCUGAAAAUGACCAUAACACCUACACCUGUCACAGUCAAUUCCCCACACACCUCUCUGUUGCCAUGGACAAGUUCAGAUACAGGUUGCCGUACCCCCAGUAUUUCGGAGGGGUGUCAGCUGUCACCCCUCAGCAGUAUAUUAAGAUGAAUGGCUUCCCCAACCACUAUUGGGGCUGGGGCGGAGAGGACGAUGACAUUGCUGCCAGAGUACGGCUGUCCGGGAUGAAGAUUGUGCGCCCUCCUGUGGCUAUCGGACAUUACAAGAUGAUCAAGCAUAAAGGAGAUAGGGGCAAUGAGCAGAAUCCACGCAGGUUUGACCUUCUGAAACGGACUAGACUUAACUGGCAUUCAGAUGGUUUGAACUCUCUGACCUAUGAGCUGUUAUCCAAAGAGCUGGAGCCUCUCUACACAAACCUGACGGUCGACAUCGGGGAUGACCCUCGGCUGCCCCAGAGAAAACCCAUUCCCUCAAUGCCCAAACAUGAAGUGAAAGAGGAAGAAUUACCUCUUGUGUCAUGGAGCAAACACAGAGCAAAGAGGAGGGAAGAAACACCGCUAGCGUCUAAAAAUGAUGUGAAGGGGGAGGGGCAAGUUGUAAAAAUGGAUGUAGUUACAGCUGUAACUACAGCUAAAGCUGAAAAGACAGACCAUGUCCAGUCAAAGUCAGUAAAUCAAACUGUAGAGGAGAGGGCGGGUGUGGUAAAAUAGUAAGACAAAGGGUGGGCUGGAAAUACGGAGUGCAAUGGUCUAUAGUGGCUCCUUCUCCUCAUAUCCUCCUUUCAUCCGACAACACAGGAUGGGUGUAAGAAAUGAGAAGGAGGUUUACAUUCCUGUCAAGUUCUAAUACAUCAGUGCAGGAGGAGGAAAACACCAUCUCUUUUCCUCCAUCUGCACUGAUGUGCAAUAUUAGACUACUGAGAUGCAAACAAUGAACUCCUGUUCCUGCUUUAUCAAGUCUAGCUGUUUGGUUGACAUUGUGAAAAUGGGAUCUAGAAAUUAGCCAACUCAAAACACUUUUGAUUCAACUCUACGACACUCUGCUCAUACAAGCAGUCAUAUCAACAAACUCAGUAUUUGAUCACUGUGGGAUUUAGAUUGAAAAAGAGAACAAGAAAUACCCUAAAAACCCUAUUGAAAUUACUGAGCUCCUUUUUUCAGCCAAUGGGAGACCAGAUUUUGAAAGCAGCCAAUCCGCUGCCAUCCCACUAAUGCUUUUGCUAAUAAUUUCCGAGUUGACUUCCCAGAAACUGCUGCUGUUGGUCUGCCCUGUUGUGUGGGUCAGUGUUUCUGUGCCUUCUCUUUUUUCUGUGUGCCCAAUCAGCGCUUUCAUACUCUGGACGUAUCAUACGACUGUAGGAUUUAUAUUUAUAUGGAGAUGUUUUCUUAUUUGUUUUCCUUUGAGUCUGUGCCUAUUUUGAUUGUGAAUUUUAUUUUAAAGACAAUCUAAGCAUAAAAUGUAAACUGUUACUAAUUCCCUCACAUAGAGAAAAAUAUCUCAACAUAAUGUAGAGUUACGUAAAGUAUUUCCAAUACUUGUUCUAUAGUUUGUUGUUUAGUUUUAAUCUUCUCUCUUUAAGUGAAUGGACCUGUGUUCAUCCAUUACUGAUUCCCUAAAAGGCAUACUAUGGAAGUCUGUCAGGCAUUUUGAAUGUGCUGCACAUGCUAACCAUAUUAGUGUACUGUAAUAAAAAAUGAUAACAUGUUUGAGGGGAGGUUUGGAACUAUUUUCUGGGAGGAACUCAAAGGAUGAAGUAGUUUAUUUGGGGAGAUCUGACACGUAUCUAACAUAGUGUCGGAUUAGGGAUAUGUGCAUUCAUUAUAUGCUCUUAAUGAAUAAUACAUAUUACAGGGUCUUUUUUUCAUGAUGAUAUAUUUAACUUAAUGCUAUUGUGUUACUAGUGAUAAUUUGAAUGUAUUUUUAUUUAAUUAAUUUUAGAAUUUGGGUUGGAUACUUUUGUAUACAUUAAGCUUCGAUUUAUAAGUAUAUCUUUCAAAAACUCAGAUGGAGCAUUCUACAGCAUCGACAAUGCACCAUAUCAGAAUGUAGACUAUUAAUGUACAGCCUGUUAACUUGAUUGAGUGGUUCAUAUGAUCCAUGUAAUUGUCAUGGUUACUAGCACUGUGCUGGACCCAUAUAUACUGUAUAAUCUGCUUGUUCAAAGGGGUGAAAAGUUACAGACUUUAUAGAGACUUAUAGAAAUGAGAUUUAGAAUGGACAAAACAAUUCUUAAUCAGGUAGAACAGCUCAUUUGAUAUAUUCUAUAUUUGUACUUCUUUUGUCCUCAUUCAAAACAUCCUGCCUCAAUAAGCCACAUGUUUAAAAACUGGAAUGCUGUAUGUACUGUAUACCUUUUAUUUAGUGUACACUGUACAGUAUAUCAUGGAUGCCCUCUAGUGGUUUUCUCUAUCUGUUUGGGAAAUCUGCUUCACUUGGGAGCUUUAAGAGUUUGGGGGCUGGUUAAAGGCCUCUAACUGUUCAAUAUUAAUAUAAAUUCAACCUGUCACUCAUUCUCUGCUUGUAAUCAAUCAGAUGUUUGUGAAGGUAUGAAAUGCUACUCUCAUCUUUGAUUAUAUCUUCUAAAGUCAUCUGUAUGUAUGCUGGAGAAUUAUACAUAUUUUCUCUAGCUUUUCUGUAGAUGUAAAGUCAUACCAGUUAAAAUCUACUUUAUCACUAUAGACCACUCAGUGGAAUAGGUGGAGAUAGAUUGAUGAUGACAACAUAUCCAUUAUUUACCAAUGGUGAAAUAUAUUCUAUACAACCAAUCUGCAGUUUUAUUAACACAGCUCUCCAUAGGGACAUAGGCACACUAACUGAUAACUGUAUUAUAGGACAGGUCUGUAUGUGGAGAUUAUUCUAUAUUUAAAAAAAUAGUUUUUUAUCCGAAGUUUGAUGUAAAUGCAGAUGAAGUGAUAUAUAGACUACCAGGCAAUCCACUGUAACUAAUGUAGUCAACAGGAUUUUACAUUUUAUUAAAAAAAACAACAUGUAGAUUUCCGUCCUGAUAUCUGUGUACUGUGUAUUGCAAAGUGUAAUUAAAUGAUGUAUUUGUUUGUUGAGGUACUAAAUAUAUCAUCACUUGUUACCUAAACUGGGAAGUUAACAAGUGAGGCAUAUGACCUAUGCUGUAGUGACUGUAUUCAUGAGUUAUUUUCCACUUUUAGAUUGAAAUGGACUAGAUAUUUAGAGGAAAUAGUCAUCCUUUGGGGUUGCUGUAUCUGUUGUGUUUAGGGGAUUGGAACAUGGGGCAUUGGACAGGAUGAUGCAAAGAGGGAGAGAACAGUAGGAAGGGAACCUUAUUAUUUGGUCCAUAAUGUAGUGUUGUUUUACAUGACUACAGAGAGAAAACACCAAUAAAACACACUCAAAAUCUAUUUCCGCUUUUAUGUCUUUUCAGAACAAAAUAAAAUGUAAGCAUUACA